ACGAAUAAUAACGAAUCAAUUUUCUUUGACAUAAAGAAAACAGGCAAGGUUAGUUUGAAAACAUCACCCCUUCUUUAGAAAAAUGGACGAUUCGUCCAGCUAUUCAUAUUAAAUCGAUAAAUCCGGUUUACCAGACGAGCUUGUGGGCGACAGCUUAAAUUUACAGAAAUUCAUGUAUUUUAUUGCACGUAAAUGUACAAUUCAAUCCUGUACAAUUGUAUCCUGUGUUCAUUAUACCUUUAAAAUAUAAGUCGUAAAACACCAUUACGUACAUGAUUUUUUAAUUAUCCUACGAAAUGUCGGAUAUUCCAAACGGACACGAUUGUUCUGACAGUUCACAGUACACUUUGCAACAACAAAUUGAGAAGACACAACCAUGCCCUAUGAUGAAGCACGAAUGUGGUUGCGGAGACAACGCCGAAAAACCUCCGUUUUAUUUACCUCAACCCGAAGAUGAAUAUCCACCAAAACCUGAACACACAAUGGAACCUAUUGGUCCAUGGGCUACGGGCAAAAUAACCUGUUCUCGCGAGGGUGGAAUAACAGGUUUAAGGCCAGUUGCAGAUCAAUAUUCCAUCACUCGCUACGGACCAAGUGAAUGGCGCGCGCACAAUUUGAGUAUCUUUCAGCAAUCAAAUGAGAGAAUCUGCGAUGCUCAAGUCGCAGCUGAUCGUGCGAAGCAAUGCGUAGACCAAGUAUACAUAACAGCUGACAAGGUGCAAUUAGACACAAAGGAACAUUUAAAAACACGGGCUAAUGUUGUGUAUCGUUGGAAGGCAGAAUUAGAACAUGCGAUCGCUGCUAUUGCAGAAGAGAUGGAAUUGUUAGAAGCCGAGCGUCGCCGUGUACAGCGAUCUUUAUCGAUAUUGACCAUCCCUUUGUCUAUCGCAAAUGAAUCUUUGCAGUUACGCUCCUUUCGUUUAAACUCUGAUCUCGUCCGUGAUAAUGUCGAGGAACAGCUCACGAAGGAAAUAGCGCUUUGUACCGAGAUACGAGAUUUACUGAGGAGAACUUACGAGCAGAUCGAAAUGCAAAUGGCCGAAUUGAAGUCUGCGAAAGCGCAGGCGGAGAAUGAUUGGUCUGAUAAAAUUCAUACUUACAAUCUAGACUCCAUAUGUGUGAAUUUAUCUAACGAUUCUCCGCUUCUAUUAUGGAAAGCUGGAGCUACGAGAUUUCCAGCUGAGCAAUCAACUCCUACAAGUUACGAUCAUUUCACCCAAGAGGUAUUAGCUAAUGGUGAAGCUGCUAAACAAAGAUCAAUAAAAUUCAGGUCCACCUUGAACGAUAUAUAUACUAAUUCCAUUAAAGAUUUACGCGAUCAAGCGACUCGCGUUGACAUUGCACUUGCAAACAAUGUGGAACUCACACAGGAUUGUCUUCAGCAACUAGAGAAUGAAUUACUUCGCUGCUUGCAUGAACUAGCAAAUACAGAAAAGUUGAUUGAGACACUUCGGGGUUCAACGAAGGGAUUAAACAACGGUAUGAAAUUAGCACAAACGAGAUUAGAUAAUAGAUUGAAUCGACUCAAUGUUGAAAGUUGUCGAGAUGCACCUCAAUUUGCUCUUAUCGAAGAAGUGAAAUCGCUUGGCGAACAUACUUCUGCUGUAUUGGCAGAAUUAAAACGCGCUGAAGAGGUUCAAGCAGAAUUAGUCAAGGCAAGAGGCAUCCUUGAACAUGAAAUAAUGGUAAAACGGAAGACUUUACAUAUAGACAAGGAACGAGGUCGACUAUUGCGUACAUUCUUCCCUUCUACUACAGAUUUGGCUGGAUUUUAAAAAAUUAAAUAUGUAUAAUGACACACAAAAUG